UCCCGGGCAGAGCCUGACCCGGGUUAGCCCGAGUCCGCCGCAUCGAAGGAUUUGCAAAGCCCCGUUUCUGCAAUCCGGCGGUCCCCGGCUCGGCUCGGCUCCGCCCGCAAGGGCCAUGGCCGAAGUGCACGUCAUUGGCCAGCUCGUGGGAGCCAGUGGAUUCCCCAGCAGUUCCCUCUUUUGCAAAUGGGGGAUCCACACAGGUGGCGCCUGGAAACUGCUGUCGGGUCUUCGGGAAGGGCAGACGCAGGUUGACCAUCCCCAGUUAGGGGACGUGGCGUAUUGGUGCCACCCCAUCGAUGUCCACUUUGCCACCAAAGGCUUGCAAGGUUGGCCCAAACUCUACGUCCAGGUGUGGCACCAGGAUGCUUUUGGGCGCAUCGACCUCUGCGCCUACGGCUUCUGCCACGUGCCCUCCAGCCCCGGCUUCCACGAGCUGCAGUGCGUCACCUGGCGCCCGCUGGGCUCUUGGCAGGAGCAGCUGUCCCAGUGUUUUGUGGGAGGGGGCCCCCAGCUCGUCAACAGCGACUUGAUCUACACGGGGGGCGACCGCUACCGCCUGCGGACCUGCGCCAUGGGCACCGUGCACCUCCAGCUGGCCGUCCUGCUCCGUAACUUUGACCGCUAUGGGGUGGAAUGCUGAGCACCAGGGGCCGAGCCCCUCCGCUCGGCUCGGAGAAGGAUGGGUCCGUGAAUUCCCAAACAUCAGGAAUGGGAAGGACUUGGGGCUAAAGGGAGGCUGUUCUCCCCCACCUGCUCUGGGAAGGAAGACCCCCAGCUCUGCUCGGACUGCGAGAACCACAAGCCGCAAUCUGAACUUUGAUCUCCGUCUUUGUGACCCAAACUGGGACUUAUUCGGCCGCGGACUUGUUUUC